AUGGAGAACAAUAAUGCUCAAGUUGCUGGCGCUGGAGGAAAUGCUCAUACUAUUGAGUGAGUUUUGAGGGAAGGAAUAGAAAGUUUUAGAGUUCGGCAGAUCAAAAAUCAAAAAUUUUUGAGCAUAGUUUUCACAAGGGAAUUUUUAGUCUAGGAUUUCUUGUAAAAGUAGUUUUAUAUCCGCUACAUAUAUGAACUAGUCGCUCCAGGGACCCUUGAGUUAACCCCCUUUCCAGGAAAUAUUUUCAAAAAGUUAACCCCCCUAACCAACUUUUUGUGGGUUUUUGGCCUCUGAAGGUAUAAAAUUCUCCAAAAUUUUCAAAAGUUAAGGGCCAAAAUGCACCUAAAGUUAACCCCCCCUGCCUCCGAAUUCGGAGUCCCAGUUAAUGUAUGAUCCGCUAAUGAUCCAAAAAACUACAGAACUCAAAUAUGAGUUAUGACGUGGCAAAUGUCGAGAAAUCUGAUAGAGUAAAGAGGCUUGACAGUGUCGAGCUGAUUUUGUCAUAGUACCAAUAGAUUCGGAGAACAAUUAGUAGCUUCGUGCCAAGUUUCCCUAACUUGAUCGAGCCCAGAAAAGCUUAUGGGGCGUCCAAAAAUCCAAAAAGUGAAAAUUUCACGCCUGGUCAAUUUUUAUAACUUGUAGCUAACUGAAUUCUGAUCGUUUCAAUUGAUUUUUGAACAGAAAUUGGACGGGUGUGAAAUUUUAAUUUUUUAAUUUUUGGACGCCCCACCAGAAAAGCCCGUGCUCUUUCAGCAUCCAAAAUAGAACCUUUUUUGCAGCCCACGAAACUACGAUGAUUUGCUCGCAGUCGUCGCUUCAAUCAAAGAACAAGUCGGCAGCGAAAUCGCUCACGGAGAGAUCGGAAUCAUCUGCGGAUCGGGUCUCGGACCAAUCGGAGAUUCCGUCGAAAACCCAACAAUUCUUCCAUACGCCAAGAUCCCCGGCUUCCCAGUCACUCAUGUUGUUGGCCACAAGGGAAAUCUUGUUUUUGGAACAAUUCGAGGAAAACGAGUUGUGUGUCUUCAAGGAAGAUUCCAUCCAUAUGAGCAUAACAUGAAUUUGGCGUUGGUGAGUUUUUGAACUUUUUAUUUUGGAAAUCAAGAGAAACCUUCAGUGCGCGUUGCCUGUCCGAGUUCUUCAUUUGUUGGGUGUCAAAACAUUGAUCGUCUCCAACGCCGCCGGUGGAAUCAGUUCGAAAUUCCAGUAUGGAGAUCUGAUGAUCAUUAAAGAUCACAUUUUCUUGCCAGCCUUGGCUGGAUUCUCACCAUUGGUUGGUGUGAAUGAUUCGAGAUUUGGUGAACGUUUCGUUUCAGUUCAUGAUGCUUAUGAUAAGACUUACAGGUGAGCGUAGAGGGAAAAAUCCUUUAAGAAGGGGUUAAGCCCUUUAAAAAAGCCUUAAGUCCUUUAAGAAUGUCUUAUAUAAGACAGCCAGAUUUUCAAAAAUUUCAGGUCAAAUGAAAAAACCAACGAUUUUCGGUGAUAUUUUCUACAUUUUGAAAAAAAUACCGAUACCACAGUUUUCCAGAUUUUUUUUCUACAAAAGCUUCAAAAAAUUAGAAAUUUUGACAUUUAUAAUUUUUUGGGUGAAAUUUAUGCAAAUAUGAGUUCAGAAAAAAUAUGAAAUUUUUUGAGUUCAUCCUGAAGUUUUUUCGUGGUGAAAAGAUAAAAAAGUUGUAGUUUUGAAAAAAAAUUUAUGUGAAAAAAUAUAUUGAUAAUCAUAAAAAAUGGAAAAACGGCGAUUUUCGUAGCAGAAGGCGAUGUGAGUUGUUGUUGCGUUGUUGAGUCCAAAUGUGCUCAAGAAACAAAGAGUUGAUCUGCAAAAAAAUGUAUUAUUCAACAAGUACGAUACUAUUUUUUUAAAUUCUUUUUUUUGUUGUUUUUCUAAUAGUUUUUCAUGAAAUACAAACAUGUUAAAAUUUCGUCGCCGACGAAAUAUUCACAUUUUUCAAAUUUCGUCACAGACGAAAUUUUCACAUUUCAAAAAAUAAAAACGUGAAAUUUUUUUUGCUCUUUUUAAAAAUGAGAAUGUGAAAAUUUCGUCGGCGACGAAAUAUUGACAUUUGCGGUUUGGGGUAUUUUUAUUCGGAAAACAUGGUUUUUGGAAGAGGUAUCUAUACUACAGUAAUUUUUAUCUUGAAUAAGACUAUGUAUCGAUAAGUUUGAGAAAAAAUCUACGACGAUGUGAGCAAAAUUCUCCGAGUAUUCGCCAGGUACUAGUCGGACUUAAAAUUUUGAGGAUGUCUAAUCGGACCAGAGCGAUCCCAUUUUUAUUAGGCGGUGGGGCAGAUUAGUUUCUCCCCCGGGAGAAAUGGGGAGAAAGAGGAGAAAAGUGGUGCAGAAACGCGGGAAGAAAGAGGAGUUUCUGCCUUUUCUCCCAAACCGUAUCGUGCCGAGACCCUUCCUGGAAAAUCUCUGCGCCUUUAAUCGAGUCGAAAUACGGAACUAUAUCGGUCUUAUCGAUAAAUGGUCUCGACACGAUGAGCCGGAUACUGUAGGAGGAGAAAAGGCAGGAACUCCUCUUCCUCCCCGCGUUGCUGCACCACUUUUCUCCUCUUUCUCCCCAUUUCUCCCGGGGGAGAAACUAAUCUGCCCCACCGCCUUAGGAAAUCUCUUUUUCAGUUUCUUUUUUUGCUGAACUCACAUUUUUCAAUUGUUAAUUCUUUCUUUUCGAGUAGGUUGUAAUGAGAUGAUUGGUGACUGCUGAAAAAAAAAACAUAUUUUACAUAUGAAAUUCUAACUCUUAGCGAUUUUGUUUCACAAAAACAAGGAAACAUAAGAUAUUCUUUUAAAAAAAGAGCCUAUUGCAUGAUUGAAAAGUAUUUUGCGUCUUGCACAAUAUUAAAAAAAACAUCAACAUACCUCCUGGACACUUUCAAUAAAACAAGAAGUUUUAAGACCAUCAAACAUUCUUUCACAUGUCAAUUCUUGCCAAUAACUGAAAUGUAAAAUGUCUAAAAGAAACAUUGAAAAAGACCCACCACUUUUUCUCAACAAAAAAAAAAGAAAUGAUUAUAUUUGACGUGAAAUGCAGAUACACGUAAGAUGUUUUCCAUUUCUAUUUUUUAUGAUGACGUAUACUAGUAAUUUUUUUGUUGUUUUUGGUGUAAUCUUGAGAAGACAAUGGCAAAGACCGUAGAAAAACAAUGUGAGUUUGAAUAUCAUUAGAAGUACUUAUCUUAUGUUUCAUUUUUGUAUUGAGUAUGUUUUUUCAGCAGUCACCAAUCAUCUCAUUACAACCUACUCGAAAAGAAAGAAUUAACAAUUGAAAAAUGUGAGUUCAGCAAAAAAGAAACUGAAAAAGAGAUUUCCUAAUAAAAAUGGGAUCGCUCUGGUCCGAUUAGACAUCCUCAAAAUUUUAAGUCCGACUAGUACCUGGCGAAUACUCGGAGAAUUUUGCUCACAUCGUCGUAGAUUUUUUCUCAAACUUAUCGAUACAUAGUCUUAUUCAAGAUAAAAAUUACUGUAGUAUAGAUACCUCUUCCAAAAACCAUGUUUUCCGAAUAAAAAUACCCCAAACCGCAAAUGUCAAUAUUUCGUCGCCGACGAAAUUUUCACAUUCUCAUUUUUAAAAAAGAGCAAAAAAAAAAAUUUCACGUUUUUAUUUUUUGAAAUGUGAAAAUUUCGUCUGUGACGAAAUUUGAAAAAUGUGAAUAUUUCGUCGGCGACGAAAUUUUAACAUGUUUGUAUUUCAUGAAAAACUAUUAGAAAAACAACAAAAAAAAGAAUUUAAAAAAAUAGUAUCGUACUUGUUGAAUAAUACAUUUUUUUGCAGAUCAACUCUUUGUUUCUUGAGCACAUUUGGACUCAACAACGCAACAACAACUCACAUCGCCUUCUGCUACGAAAAUCGCCGUUUUUCCAUUUUUUAUGAUUAUCAAUAUAUUUUUUCACAUAAAUUUUUUUUUCAAAACUACAACUUUUUUAUCUUUUUACCACAGAAAAACUUCAUGAUGAACUCAAAAAUUUCAUAUUUUUCUUUUGAAUCGUUACAAAAAAAGUCAGAAUAAUUCUUGACAUUUUUCAUGCUUUUUUACAUUCUCAUAAUUUUUUUCAACAUUUUUUGAGAAAACCGCGACUGCUCUACAUAUGUUGAUAAAAAUCAGUGUUUUUUGAGGAAAAAAAAUUUUGAUGGAAAUUUUCAAAUGUCAACCCCCUUAUAUGCUUUUAAGAAGGCCUUAGGACUCUUAAGAAUGCCAUAUAGGAUUUGAAAAGGGGUUAAAUCCGUCAAGAAUUCCUUAUAUGCUUUUGAGAAAGCCUUAAGCCAUUUGAGAAGGCUUCAAAGCCUUUCUUAAAUUUUUUUCAUGAUUGUUUAACCUCGAAGACGAGAAAUGUCAUUCAAGAAGCCAUUAAGGACCUUAGAAGCUUUUAAGAAGUGGUUAAGCCCUUUAAGAAGGUCUCGAGACUCUUAAGAAUACCUUAUAUGCUUUUAGAAAGGCCUUGAGUCCUUUGAGAAAGCUUCAAAGCCUUUAAAAAGACCUUAAGUUCUUUGAGAAUGCCUUAUAUGUUUUUAAAAAGGCCUUGAGCCCUUUGAGAAGGCUUCAAAACCUUUAAAAGAUCUUUAGUCCUUUAAGAAUGCCUUAUAAGCUUUUAAGAAGGCCUCAAUCUUCUCAAAAAUGCCUUAGGGCCCCUAAGAAGCCUUUAGAACAUAUUUUCCUUUCUAGAAACCUUGCCACCCAAAUCGCUCAACGCAACAACAUGCGUCUAUUCGAAGGUGUUUACGUGAUGAGCGGUGGCCCGCAAUACGAAUCACCAGCCGAAGUUCAACUCUUCAAAACCGUCGGCGCUGACGCCCUAGGAAUGUCAACUUGUCACGAGGUCACUGUUGCACGUCAACUCCGGAAUCAAAGUUCUCGGAUUCUCACUCAUCACCAAUAUGUAAGUUUUGCGAAUCAAUAAUGAAAAGUGCAAUUAAUUAGGGUUUGAUAGGGGGAAAAUGAUAUGAUAAGGGGGAAAUAAAACAAUUUUUAUUUGGCCAAGGGAACCUAGAUUUGUUUUUUUUCAGCGCCAAUCUUGA